CAGGCAUCCUGCUCACGUCCUGCAUACUUAGGUAAAGGGGGGUAUUAGACAACAGUAUUGCUGGCUGCUCUGAGCGCUUGGUCUUUUGUGUAGGUGGGGGAUCGUCAUGGGGAGCAACAGCAAGAUGACAAACUUGUGGAAUAGGAGGCAAAGUCUCUUCCCAAACUACAAAGUAGCAGAUUCAGACAUUAUUCGAAGACCCUCGGAGAUUGCUUAUCCAUUGGCCAAGGAGAGCUGCGUGAAGACAUGGAACUCCAUGCAGGAGCUGAGCAGGGACAUCUACGACAUUUAUGCAGAGUAUGAAGAUGAAGAGGACGACUAUGCUUCGAACGUCCUCCUCAAGCAGAACUUUCCCUCUAAGAAGAACUACAUGAUCAACAUAAAUGUAGGGGGGAAGCCCUACCAGAUAGCCUACAAGACGGCCGCCAAGUAUCCCAAGACUAGAAUAGGGCGGCUGGCCACAUUCACGGACCACAACCGGAAGCUGGACCUUUGCGAUGACUACACCGUGACAAACAAUGAGUACUUCUUUGACAGGGACCCAGAUGUCUUCCACAGCAUCUUCAACUUCUACAGGACUGGCGUGCUGUGGAUCAAGGAUGAGCUGUGCCCCCGUAACUUCCUGGAGGAGAUCAAUUACUGGGGCGUGAGAAUCAAGAACACCAACCGCUGCUGCCGCAUCUCUUUUGAGGAGAGGCAGGACGAGCUGAACGAGCAGCUGAAGAUCCAGCGGGAGCUGGAGGCAGAGGUGGAGAUCGAGGAGAACGAGGAGCUCUUUCACGACAUGUUCCUGGGUCAGCAACGCAGGGCCAUUUGGAACCUGAUGGAGAAGCCGUUUUCGUCGGUAAAAGCCAAGCUGAUGGCGGUGGCCUCCAGCAUGUUUGUCCUGGUCUCCCUGGUGUCCAUGACCCUCAACACAGUAGAGGAGAUGCAAUACCUAACUCCGAAAGGUCAGCUCAGCGGUAAGACGUACUGGGAGUACGUGGAGUCCAUCUGCAUCGCUUUCUUCACGAUGGAGUACCUGCUCCGUCUGGCGUCCACUCCUGACCUCAAAUCCUUCAGCAGGAGUGUGCUCAACACCGUGGACCUGAUCGCCAUCCUGCCCCAGUACGUGCAGGCCGUCCUGGAGAUCUUUGACAACAAGGAAAACUACAUGAAGCAUGAGGCCGACAUGCAGGCGGUGGGGCAGGUGGGACAGCUGGGCCAGGUGUUGCGGAUCAUGAGACUGAUGCGAAUCUUUCGUAUCUUGAAACUGGCGCGACACUCCACAGGCCUGCGGGCGUUCGGCUUCACUCUGCGUCAAUGCUACCAGCAAGUGGGCUGCCUCUUCCUCUUCAUCGCCAUGGGCAUCUUCAGCUUCUCCGCCAUGGUGUACACCGUGGAGCAUGACAUGCCACAGACGAACUUCACCAGCAUUCCGCAUGCAUGGUGGUGGGCAGCAGUCAGCAUCUCCACGGUGGGCUACGGAGACAUUUACCCAGAGACGAUACUGGGCCGUCUCUUUGCGUUCAUCUGCAUCUCGUUUGGAAUCAUCCUCAACGGUCUCCCCAUAUCCAUCCUUUUCAAUAAGUUCUCAGACUAUUACGCUAAACUCAAGUCCAAUCAGUACACGUCCUCCGUGAAGAACAGAGGGAUGGUGAGAUUUUCCAAGAGGACAGUGAGUAAGUUCAACAACUGUUUUGGAAGUCCCCAAUGUCCCGCACAUUGAUUUGAUAUGUGACUCUUUAUGAAUAAAUAACUGUAAAACUGUUCAAACCAGAUUGUACGUUAUAGGGGACAAAUAGGUGGAACAAGGACAAAAGUUGUGGGUUCAAUUCCAGGUAGGGGUGCAUCUAGACACGUAUUUAGCAGCUUUUGUGGUUUAUCUUGUCAAAAUAUACUGUCAAGAAAAAUGUAGGGAAACCUGUUCAAAAUGAUGCAACACACAACACAGAAUGUUUCCAUUUGAUGUUCUUCUUUUUUCCCUAUGGUUUGUGGCUUCAGUGAAGUUGGAACGUGCUUAUUUUUUAUAUUGUCAACAAUAUAUUGGAUCAUACUUUUCUAAUUAUGUCUUGGGCACUAGAGAUUGAAUGAAUAAAGCUUGUAUUAUUAACAUAGCAGCUCUCAAGUCACUGCCUUCUGAUAAACACUGUGCUAUUAUUAAACUCUGUACUGCUCCUGAAAA